AUGACCCACUCGCAAACCGUCCACGCCCUAGUGAUCCGGUCUACGGUUUUUGGUCAAUUGUUAUCCUCGCAGCUCAUCGGCAUGCUUUUCGACUGCGUCUUGACGGGCGCACUGUUUAUCCAGAUGCUCGUCUACCAUAUCUGUUUCCCCAAAGACUCCGUCGCGUUCAAGACUCUUGUCUAUGGGCUGCUGUUGCUCAUGCUUGGUCGGCUUUGUCUGAUAGCAUACGAGGCCCAGUAUUUCUAUGCGGACGGCUUCGGCGAUGUUGCUCGACUUUCCACCCAGACUCGACACCAAUACUCUUAUGCCUUGGUUCCCAUAACAGUCUGCAUUGUCCAGCAGUUCUUCGGAUAUCGUAUCUUGUCCCUCGAUCGUCGUUUGUGGCCAGUGUGCUUGCUUAUAAGCUUGCUCUCGCUUGGACAAUGCUGUGUUGCGUAUGUAGGACUUGGAAUCGUAUACGCGGGAUCCCCAGCCUCACUUUUGAGCAAACUCGCGUUGGUCUCUAACCUUGUUCGAGCGUGGUACAUAACCGGCAUGUUGACUGCGCUCCUCAACACUGUAACGACGGUGAUGGCGCUCCUCCGCUUGCGCAGUAUUAACAGCCUCACAAAGCGAGCUGUGCAAAACGUCGUACGAUUUACGAUCGAGUCUAAUGCAGCUUCGACUGUCGUCGAAAUUGUUUCUUUGGCGCUUUUGCAGGCCUACCCAACGACGACAUACUAUGUCGGCACAAGUGUACUUCUCUCUGGCGUCUACACCAACAUGCUCCUCGCAACCCUCAAUUAUCGUGCCAUUGUUCGACAACAAUCUGCACCUCCGUCCACCGAAGCAACAGCCACCACAGCCCCAUCCGUUCCCUCACGCCCUAGCACGCUCGUACAGCCCGCCACGGAGAAGGUUCAUCCUCGCGACAGUGUCACUAUCCGAAGCGGCUCCUCGGUUCCGACCGAUGGUGGAUCGACGCGUCAGAGUCAAGACAAUUUGAAGCAGCGGCCUCAAUCUGUACAGCAGCGUCCACUGAACAGCCUUCCCCCAGCGGAGAACUAUCGCCCUGGUGAUGUCGAAAUACGUGUGGAUCAGGAGCGGAGUAGUGUUGUGGAUUAG